AAACACAUCAGUCAAAUAGCCUCAAUUACAAUUACUUGCAACUCAAGCAAUAAAAAAUGGCUUCUUGUUUCAGCAAAUUCUGUCUCUAUGCUUUGCUCAUAUUGUCUGUUGCUGCCCUAGCAAGUUCUUCAGCUUCUCCACUGCUUUCUUCUACUUACUACAACAGAAUUUGUCCGAAAGCUUUACCAACGAUUAAACAUUUCAUUGAAGUUGCAGUGUCUAAAGAACCCCGAAUGGGCGCUUCCUUGUUGCGUCUGCAUUUCCAUGACUGUUUCGUUAAUGGUUGUGACGCAUCGAUUCUUUUGGAUUCUUCACCCAGCAUUGAUAGUGAAAAGAAUGCACUUGCUAAUUUAAAUUCUGCUAGAGGAUUUGAGGUUAUUGACCAGAUUAAGGUGGCUGUAGACAAAAUUUGUGGACGUUCUGUGGUCUCAUGUGCUGACAUUUUAACUGUUGCAGCUCGCGAUUCUGUAGUUGCGCUUGGAGGGCCAACAUGGACAGUUCCACUAGGAAGAAGAGACUCAACAACAGCAAGCAGGACUCAAGCAAACAGAGACAUUCCCUCACCAUUCAUGGACCUCCCUGCCCUAAUUAAAAACUUCAAGAACCAAGGUCUCAACGAGAAAGAUCUCGUUGCUCUCUCCGGGGGCCAUACAUUAGGGUUUUCAAAGUGUUUAUUGUUCAAAGACCGAAUCUACAACGACACGAAAACCAUCGACCCUAUGUUUGCAAAACAACGUAGAUUGACUUGUCCGAAAACUGGAGGUGACACGAAUCUUGCACCUUUCGAUCCAACUCCUGCACAUUUCGACUCGGCUUACUUCACCGCCUUGACCAAGAGAAAAGGUCUGCUUCAUUCUGAUCAACAGCUUUUUGUAGGCGGGUCCACGGAUGGAUUAGUAAGAACUUAUAGCUAUAAUGUCAAAGUUUUUUCUGCGGAUUUUGCGAAGUCUAUGAUCAAGAUGGGGAAUAUAAAGCCAUUAACAGGCAAGCAAGGUCAAAUUCGUUUGAACUGUAGGAAGGUUAAUAAUUAUUACUGAUGAAUUUGGUACUUGUGUAUAUGGUGAGUAUUACAAUAUUUUCGUUUCGCGUGGAAAUUGUUGAAAUUGUGUAUGUAUAAGUUAUUUAUUUUUCAUUCAAACAAAUAUUCUGUUUAAUAAAAAAGAAGGUCAAACUCUUCUUUGUGAGAAUAAUAAAAUCAUGUAUUUCAAUUUAUAAAUUUUAUUUGUUUUAUUGA